AUGUCCCGCACGCUCUUGAGGAUCACGGUGACCUUUGUGUUGGUGUGCUCUGUUGUCGGCGUGGGCGCGGUGCAGGCGCACCCAGAGCGAGGCGACUCAGAAGAGCCGCGCUGCGGGUUUGACGAGCUGGAGGCGCACACGAUCGGCACUCGCGUGAGUGAGAUAAGCCGUGUAGAGCCGCCAGCCGGGGAGCUUGCGGUUGCGGCUGCUGCAACGGGGGCCUGGCAGCCCAUCCGCAUUGCUGUCUUCACAGAUGACAUUUCGAACAGCAGCCAGCACUGCACCGCUUCGCGCCAGAGUCGGCCCAGCUUCCGUGGCGACAGGGUGACCUGCAGCGCAGCGGACGUUCUCACAAACAGAAAGAAACAGGCUCUGUUGGAGCUGCUGAUUCCAUCCGCAGUUGAGCUGCACAAAGAGCGGCUGAACGUGCAGCGGGAGAAUGGCAACAUCGUUGUCAACCCCUUUAUUAAUAAACACCCCAUCUGCGGUCAGUUCAGCAUACCCAAAGACCACAUGAAGAUCGGUGUGAAGGACGCCGACUUUGUUCUGUACAUGUCUGCUGGACCAACAUCUGACAAUACCAUCGCAUGGGCGCUGAAGUGUCAGAGCUUCGAGGAUGGUCGCCCGUCCGUGGGCGUGGCGAACAUCUCGCCUAAGUACAUCGCCGCCGACCCGAAGAUCGUACGCGUCAUCGCGCACGAGGUGUUGCAUGCACUCGGCUUCACGCACUCAGUUUUCAAAGAACAGAAUAUGUUGGUGAUGGCGUCCUUUCGAGGCAAGAGCCCCUCGCCGGUCAUCCGCAGUGAAAAGGUGGUCGCCAUGGCGCGGCAACAUUACGGCUGCCAAACGCAGGCUUUCAUGGAGCUAGAAGACGAGGGUGAAAAGGGAUCCGUUUCUUCACACUGGAAGCGCCGCAACGCCAAGGACGAGCUGAUGGCGAGCGUCAGCGGCGUCGGCAUCUACUCGGCGCUCACCAUCGCCGCCAUGGAGGACACGGGCUACUACAAGGGCAACUACGACAAGGCGGAGUCGAUGGCGUACGGCCACCUUGCGGGCUGCAAACUGAAAGACGAUCGCUGCGUCAUCAAAGGCACUUCACAGAAUAAUAAUAUGUUCUGCGACGCCCCCGACGCACCGUCGAGCUGCACCUCUGAUCGCCGAGGCGUCGGGAAGUGCAUAUUCACCUAUUACGACUCGAAUCUGCCCACCCAGUUUCAAUACUUCGAAAACCCGAGGCUGGGUGGCUCGGAUCCCCUGAUGGACUUCUGCCCGUUUGUGGGAGAUGCCGACGACACGAAAUGCACCGCUAAGACGAACGCGCUGAAGGGCAGCGUAUAUGGCAUCAUGUCGCGCUGUGUCGACACACCGGUAGGUUUUUCCGUUGGUGGCUCGGCGGCCCAGCAGCAUGGCAUUUGUGCUGAAGUGCAGUGCGGCAGCUCAACGUACGGCGUCAAAGUACGUGGUGCGUCUGCGUUCCAGGAUUGUCUGCCAGGCAAAACCUACAACCUGUCGACACUGAGCCCGUCCUUCUCUAAAGGGUAUUUGGUGUGCCCCUCUUAUGAGUCCGUGUGCGCCAUCAAGAUAAACGCCUCGCUGUACGAAGAAUACAGUCGUUUUCUCACCGACCACAGCGUGACUGGUGUUCGGACAAGUGUGACGGCGGUGGUGGCAGUGCUUCUGGUGGUGCUUUUCAUGGCCUGA